UAUGAGUGUUCAGCAAUAAUUUGGUCGCGCCCUACAUGAAACAAGUCUGACCAAAUUUUAAAUUAUUGUUUACGGCAACUAUAAGUUGCACAUAUCUAUUUUCUUCUGGAGAUGAACUUUUUACAAGUGACAGUGAUUAUAGUGUAGUGUAUUUAGCUGACAAAUUUAAAGGACGUUAAUCUUUUGAUUUCAUCAUGUACUUGGUAGCUUUUGCUUUAUUAGCCAUUUUCGGCAAUGCACAAGCACAGAUUACAGCUGAGGCUAACGUUGCUCCGGAUUUGAGGGAAUGUUACACAGAUCCUGAGCUGAUGAACAGAAAUAACUUGCCACCAGCUACGAUACAAGUCCUCAUCGAUAUCAUACAGAAAUUAGAAGACAAAGACAACGUUGACCUACGAGUUCUCGCAGUUCUACUUCUCCACACGUAUCGACAAGAUGGGAUAGAGUAUCAUCCACCACUAAUGGGCACAGGCCAAUCGUCCCUUGUACUUCCGUUCGCACCCACAUUUCACUCCUUCUAUCGUCAUAAACUGUUGCUUACCAAGCUUAUUCCAAGCAAUCGGCAAUCACUGGACAACAACACUAUUUCAUCGCCAUUGAAGUGUGCUCUGCAUCACAUGCUGUCCACGACCGUGGAUGCGAGAUUACGAGGUGACGAGAACACUUGUGGACAACUAUCACAAUAUCGCGCUUUGAGAACAGCUCGCUCAGCACCCUCCCAAGAAAAUAUAAAUGACGACGUUGAAAUUUUCUCCCCGAGAGAAACAAAAUCUCGCCAUGCACAAAUGAGACAAUAUAAUCCCAACAGCGACGUUGAUAUUACUAGUAACAGUGGAAGUUUGUUCGAACGCCAGUUACUAGGCGACAGUACAUGCCCAAUAUUAACUGGUGUUGUGAAUACUAAAUGGGGAGCCAUAUCUGCAGGGACUCUGAUUGCGGGAAUAGCUGCAGGUGCACAGAUACAGCAAAUCAGUCUCAAUGAACUUUCUAGAGGUUUAAUUAACGACGUUUCAAAUAACCAACAAACAGUAACCAAUCUCUAUCCAGCUACAAUUGCAGGCGAUCUGGCAGAAGCAGUAUUGAUUCAAGGAACUAGGGGGAGUACCUCGAUCAGUGUCGGUAGCACAGGCAAUUGGAAUAGCUCUCAUCCCACGAAAUACUACAUGUUGAGCAAUAGGAAUAAUGUAGAAAUGACUGACCCUGAGAUACGAGGUGGCAUUGACGGGUUCACUCUAGGAAUUCGUAUGAAUAAUAUACAACAAACAUAUUCAACAUUGAAACUGUCGCAAUUGCUCGAUAUGUACUAUACACCGAGGAAUGGUGUGUUCGACCCUACAUUACGAGCGUGUAACCGACGUGAAUUAGGCCAGGCAGUACUUAACGACAAUAAUUUAGUUGGCCAGUCGGAAGCUUUCGCUGCAGCUUUAAAUGCGAAUAUGCCUCUUCAGGGGACAAUAACGGAUGGUUUAAAUCAACUAGUCACUGGUGCAGUUUCUAACUUUCAGAGUUAUACAGAGAGUAACUUAAAUGACCUAAAUUGUGCCAGCUCUGAGCUUGGCAUUGAUUACCGUUCCAUUACAAAUCUUUACAUUGUUUUGGACUCGUCAUGGCAAUAUGAGACUAUUUACCCUGCGAUCUCUUAUCUUUUGGAAUCAAUUGAAGUCAAUAAGUUCGGUUCCAGUGUAACUUUAUUGAGUGCUUCUGAUGGCAGUGUUGUAGUCAAUAAAACAUUUUCUUUGGCAGAAUUCCAUUCUAAUUACACAUUAGCCACACAUCGGUCAAUAACCCAAGGAGUUAAUUUGGAGACUGUAUACAGAAAUGUAAAGGAGAUGAUGCAUGCAACAUUAUUAGAAGAGUCUCGACGUGAUUACGUAGGUGGAAAUGCGACAGUACUUCUAUUUCUUUUGAACUCAGGAAACAUUCAAAUCCCUAAAAAUGUUAUUGAUGAAGCCAACCUAAUAAAUGUAACUGUUCCAGAUUUGAGGGUUAUCUACGCGACUUCAUCAAAUCAGUUCGACAAUUUGUACCCGUUGGUGAGGGACAUGUACCGUGAUAUCCAUACGAUAUCUUUAACGUCUGCUGGAACAAACGUAGAAACUGUUCUAACUCCAGUGUUGAACAAUAUUCGAGAAGUCGGUAGACGAAUCAUCAAUCCAGUUUGUGGAAUCAGCUAUGAAGAUGAUACUCUGAAUAUCAAAUCGUUUCAUGACUAUAUUGAACCCGGUUAUAUUAAUUUCUAUUCAGUAAGCCCUAAUUACUUCUUUGAAAAUAAUGACGAUAGAAAAGUAACAAUAAGUCGCAGUAGUGGGUCAGGUAGUCUUACAAUUUGUCAUUCUCGUGCUGUACCUCAGCCAAGGAGAAAUGCGACUAUUGUGGGUCUAGACGAAAAUUUAAUAACGUGUCAAGACUUAACCUCUUCCGGUACUGUGGAAAUAAGUCUGCAGAACGCCUGUGAUGGAUACGGUUCAAUUGGAUCGUGUCCAUUAUUUUACAUUUCUGUGCAGUCCAUAGCUGGUUCCGUUGCAAGUGCUACGUGUACUAGUAAUACCGAAUGUAGAUUCCCCUACAACAUGGUAUAUCAGAUACAAUUUGAACAGCCAGGUUGCUUCAGUAGCGGCACAAGUGUUGGAGCCAGCCUAAUUUUCAUAAUAUCAACCUUAUUACUUAGUGUUUAUAGAUCAUUGUAGUGGCAAAUAUACGAAAAUAUAUUAUGUAAUUAUAGUCAUAUUUAUAGAAUUUUAAAUUGGAACUUAGGUCGUUCUAAUUAACAAUACCAACGAUGUAUUAUAAUAUUUUUUUUAUUCCAUUAACACGUAGGUACAGUUUAGUCAAUAAUGUCGAGUAGGUACAUGUCACAUGUCGUUGCCUAUUUGUAUUUAAUUUGAAAAUUUUAUUUACAGGGUAGCCACAAAUAUUUUAAUGUAUAAAUAAGAUUAAAGUGGUAUUAAUACAAUAAAUUAUCGUCUUAAGUAAGAUUUAGUAUUUAAAUCGCUGUGGAUUUUUUUACCAAUAAAUUAU